AUGAAGGAACCUCUUGCUUUUGUGAUUGCAUUCUUUUCUGAUAAUCUUCUCAGCACUUGCAUGCAAUGGGACGGGCAUUCUCCCUUUGCAAAAGAAAAGCCUCAGCAGGUGAUCUUUUAUUCAAUUUCUGCUCCCCAUAAAGGGCUAACAGGACUAUCUCUUGGAUCCACUUUGUUGAAAGAGGUUACCCAUCAACUUGAACGGAACUACCCCUCUGUGAAGAGAUUGAUCACCUUUUCGCCGAUUCCUGGAUUCGUAAAAUGGCUUAAAGAGCAAGAGGAUGAGCUUGAAAAUAAGAUCUCCUGCUACGCUGUACCUCUAGGAUUUCUGUUCGAUCUAAAGUUGCUUUUAUCCUGCACUCCAAUCACAAAAGAAAGGCUGCAAGCAUUUAUCGAGCCUUAUCAGAAAGAGGAUCUUCAAUUUCUUUUUAAAAGACUCAUAUACAGAUACAUUGUCGGUGCCAGAAGGAAUAACAGAUGCAUAGACCCGGUAGCAAAUUUUCACUUGGGAAAUGGUGCAAUAUUUUGGGAUAUUGUCGUCCUCGGGGAUUUUAGGCUUAUGGGGGAUUCUAAUUGGACCGUUAUUUCUAGAGACCGAAAUACAUCUGACCAGCAUGCAGGAGGAAAUACCAACGUGUCAAGCAAGCACUCAAAUGGCAUCAUCCCUUUGCCGUGUAAAUUUUACCUACUUGGAAGCUGUACUGCUGGAAAGUCGUGUAAAUACCUCCAUUUUAAAAAUAAGGAACUGAAAAAUCAUCUUGAGCUCUCAAAGGGCAACGGCCAGAAUAUACCGAACACACCACUUGUAUGUACUUACUAUCAAAAGGGUUCUUGUAAAUAUGGUUCUAAAUGUAUUUUCCUUCAUACAAAAUCUUCAAAUUCUCUUCCAAGCCCACUUCUAAAGUCUGAAAAGGAUACAAUUGCUGCCAUAAAGCUAGACAACGACGAGUUUUUUGAGAAUUCCAAAAACUCGGUAAAAUCAGACCCCAUAUCCACUACCACCGAUGCUUGUUUCGAGGACCAUUCAUAUGAAGGGAAAUUAUUUGAUGAGCCGGACGAAGCCCAGUUGUUUGAGCUUGAAUUACAAGAACAAAGGUCAUUGUUUUUUUCCAGAAGCUCCAUAGGCUCCUUUGAUCUUCGAGCGGAAAAUGAGCCCGCCACAUUUUCUCAGCAGGAAAUUGCUUGCUUCCCCUACCCAAAAAUAGGGGGCCAAGAGCUACCAUUGGAGUCGAAGAAAAAAUAUCCCUCAGCUUCGUAUUCCUCUGCACUGAAAUCUUCACUUCCUAUAAAAACAAACGCUAAGAUGUAUUCUUCUGCAGAUUCUUUGAAGGGGGGCCAUAGGCAUACUAUAAAUAUGAAUGGAAAGUUGGAUCAAAUCUGUCCUGGGUCCGAAACCGCUACUUGUACUCUUGGCGAUCGUUGUAUAUAUUACCAUGGACUUAAAUGUCCACAUUGCUUUUUAUUUAUCCUACAUCCCUCUGAUUCUCGGGCAAGAGAACUUCACAUUUCUCAAUGCAAGGAUACUUGUGGCGACAAACUUGAUGCCAACCUUUUUGAACACAGCUUGGCGGAUAGCAAAACCUGUGAGCUUGAAUGUGGAAUUUGUUUGGAACCAUUGCCUGUAAAUGGGAUAACAAAAUUUGGCCUACUGAAUUGCAAUCAUCCUUUUUGCUUAGAGUGUAUCAGGUCAUGGAGGGCUUCUCAAAACGUCGAUUCUUCAAUAUGUAGGUCCUGUCCCAUUUGCAGGGUUAAUACACACUUCAUUACACCAUCUUUGAUUUGGUGCGCAGAUCAGGCACAAAAAUCUCUUGUCAUAGAAAACUAUAAAAACAAGCUUAGGUCAAUACCAUGCCGACAUUUUCGGCAGGGAGCCACUCCUUGUCCAUUUGGGAGUUCUUGCUUUUAUGCCCAUCUUGGCAGAGAUGGAAAGCCAAUAGAAUCAAGCAGGACGAGGACCUACAUGAACGAAUCUGAAGAAAUACUGGUCGUCACCAAUGCCAAGUAA